AAAUGAAAAUCUGUCAAUUUUCUUCAUCAUCAAAACGAAAAGAAAAAUAUUUUUUAAUCCACCUUUCGGUUUAUUUUCUUUUGUACUAAAAUGAAUAUUGUCUCAUAAGAAAAUGUCUUACAAAUAAAAACAAACAAAUAAAUUCAACUCCAAAUCACUCUCAAAUAAAUUAAUCCCAUUUAAAUUAAGUUUGCUAUUCACCAUCGUCGUCUUGGUCAUCGUCGUUGCCGUGAUAAUAAAUUAUUAAAAAUUGGUGAAAAGUAAAUCCAUCCGAAUUGGGUUGGUAAUUGCCGGAGAAGAGUUUAUGGCGGUGGUGUUUUGCGGUGGUGCUAUUGCUAUUUGCUAUCAUCAUCCACAGCAUAAACAGCAACUCUAUAGACACCAGCAAACGUCGAAGUCGAAGCAGUCUCUGCUCUAAUCACCUUUUUCGAUCUUUCCCAAUUGAAUAGGUCUGCAUUCUCAAAUAAAUAUAAAGAGAACAGAAACACAAAAAUUCCAAUGAGAUGAAGUGAAAAAAAAAGAAUUUUUAUAUAAACAAUUGCAAAAUAGUAAUUUUAAGAUAAGGGAACUGUAAUAUUAAAAAAAUAAGUUUGCAAAAACAAAUAGAAUAGAAUGUCGUCCGCAUUGGAUAUACAAAUAUCUAAUCCACCUAAUUUGGAGAAGAUUGAGAACUUCCUCAAGGACUCCACAUACAGGGAAACGAUAGAAGUUAGUGCUAACUUCAAUACUAGAUUAUGCAUCGAACGGAGACUGCGGCUGCCAUUUCUUGAUCCGCAAACGGGCGUCGCACAAAAUCAUUCCAAUUUGUUUAUGGACAAAAGGCAACGAAUGCCCGGCUUCCGGCAGGGACAGAUAUACACGUAUCCAGCGGCGAGGUGGCGCAAGAGCCGUCGACAGUACUUGAGUAAAAUGUACAGAUUUCCCGAUCGACCCUUUCAAGCACUGCGUAAGGAAGAGUCAGUUAGCUUAGUGAUUCCUGCAGCAGGAGUUGCAGCAGCUGCCGCAGCGGCAGCAGUUAGUAUUCCUCUACCUCCAACGAUUCCAACCGAACCGGAAUUCAAUGGAGCAUUGCUGGAAGAAUCAUCAUCACUUGGUGGAGCUGGUGAUACAUCCGAUAGCAAAGACAGCCAGCAACAUCUCAAAGAAGAACUACCUAAAGAAUGGUUCUACGAUGAUAUGGAUAUCAAUGAAAUCGAUUCACUGGAAGAGCCAAAGUCUCCAGCUGACGACGAAUACGACUAUGACCCACGUUACGGUAAUAAAAAACGAAGAAAGCGACGACCGGGUAAAAAAUCCCUGGGAACCCCAACAGAAACAAGUCGAAAGAGUCGAUCGAGUGGAACUGGAGCGGGUGCAAGUGGCAGUCGUGGUGGCCGAGGUCGACGCAAGACGCCCAAAGACGCUACAAGCCGUCUUUUAGAUCCUCCCAGCCCCGGAAUAGGUACAGAGCCGCCAUCGUUUGAAACAGCUGCGGCAGCGGUAGGAGAUAUUGCCGCCGACGAUCACGGCGAUCUGCGCAACUACCGAAAGUACCUGUGAAAUCUUCCCGGCGAGCACUUCGAACAAAUCGAAUUCGUCAUUGUGCUUUUUAUUUAAUAAUAAUUUCUUCUUUUAAUUAUUUUUCUUUUUUAAUUUUGUUUCUUAUAGAUUUUUUCUUUUUAAUUAUAUCUAAAUAAUCAAAUUAUUUUAUUGCGGUUCCUCAGUAAAAACAUUAGUCCUUCCGAAUCAUGUCCGCACUAAGAAAAUAAACAAAACAAAACAAAAAAAA